AAACCCGCGACUGCGGCUUAAACGAACCACAGAAACAGUCGCGACCCCGCAUUGUGCGCAUCGUCUUUAACAUCCGUCCUGUUGUGCGUUUACAAAACUGUUAAUGUCGAUUGUACCCGGUUUUCAAAUAUUUACAGAAAUAAACAAGUGUUGUUAAACAACGAAAGAUUCUUAGAUGCUUGCAAUUCAACUGCAUAGUCCACUACAAUUAUUUUACUCCGCAUAAUUAGAUAAUUACCUCCAGUGUCGUUCUGCAGGUGAACAAAAACCGCGCAGGUGACUGUAAUAGGAUUACUGAAACACAUGAACCGGUGAUCGUGACGAUGACGAAUACUGCCGGAUUUGGAUCUAUCGGCACUUUAUUGUUGUUAUUAUUCUUCCUCACAUUUCUUAAUAAUGGUGACGCCUUAACAUGCUAUCAGUGCAACAGCGCAUAUGAUCCACGGUGCGGUGAUCCAUUUGAUUCUUAUAGCUUAGGAACAGUAAACUGCAGUUUUCAACCUCGUUUAGAACACCUCAAGCAUCUUGAACCAGCAGUUUGUCGAAAAAUUAGUCAGAAAGUGUAUGGUGAAAUUCGCGUUGUUAGAGGAUGUGGAUUUAUCAACGAUGAUGAAAGUGACAAUAAGGAGUGCAUAAGAAGAAGUGGAACGCACGAUGUAAAAGCAUUUUAUUGUUCUUGUACCACUGAUCUUUGUAAUGCAGCCUAUACUACAUUGCCAUCAAAGAGUAUUGUAGGAGCCCUUGUUUAUUUAUUAACAAUGAAAGUGAUUAAUUAGCCUAAUAUAAAUAUAUAAAAGCCUAAUUGCUUCAAUUAAUAAUGCUGCCGUAAUUUGAUGAAUUGAGGACUCUCGAAAGAUUUCACGCCUAGAAGACUGAGGGAUAGGCCUAUAAAGAUAUCAUAUUAUAGCUAAAAAAAGUGGUUUUAUGAAAAAAGAAAAACCUGAUGCGUAAGUGAUUGAAAAAAAGCUCGCAUGAAUUUCAAAUAUGAAAAAUAUCAGUGUUCCUGUACAUCUAACAAAAAGUAAUCAUUUUUACAAAUGUUAAAAAUUUACAAUACAUAUUCUAUUGAAGAAAGAGAUUUCCAAAUGCAAGUAUUCAGGGAUUUGUAAAAAGAUAUAGAGUAAGACCGUUUUGUAAUGGAGUCUCCAUUGAUUGUACUACAUUACAUAAGUAAUUUAAAAAAGAGCGAAAGAAUUUAUACACGUGUGGUAAAAGAAAUUAAAAGUUUUGGGAGUCAGGGUAAAAGUUAUCAAAACAAAAACAAAAAAUUGUCUAUUUUAUAAAUUAUUCUAAGUAAGAAAACACGAUUUUUAAAAAAUGUUUGUUCGGCGGCGUUACAACGUGAAUGUUAAUGAAAUGUACAAGGAAGUACCUAGUCUUAAUGCAUAUUAUUUUCUUUAAAGCAACGUAUUUUUAUUCUCUCAAAGAGAAUUUACAAAAGAACUUUAGGGAAUUCGAUUUUAGAACAUUUAUUUUUCGAUAUAAGACAGAGCACUAAGUAAAGAGGGCAUUUUACUUAAUAUAAUGUUUCCACAAUGAAAUAAUUUCUUUUGUUUUCAAAUGUAAUUUAGUUUUUUAUAUCAUCCACUUCAGCAUCAAACAUUUUUUGAACAUUUUAUUUACUUGAUUCACUGUGAAUUUCGAAGUAUUUAACAAUUAAGAAGUAUCCACGUGUAAAUAAGAAAAUGUUCGCAUUUGGAAAAUAAUGAAAUUAAAAUUUAUGCGAUUACGGGGUGUAUCGAACUAUUGGAAAUGGUUUGUUCUAACCAUGUCGUUUCUUGGAAGAUCACAAUAUUAUCAAGUGAGUUGAAAGUUCAAGAAAUUUUUAUAAUGGUGUGUGGGACAAAAAAGUACUUAGGAUUUUGUGUUUUUAGUUUCUUCUUCUAUAAUUUGAUGUCUUAUUGAAAUAAUGCUCCCAGGAAAAAGUAAUCACACGGAGAAAAAUGGAUAUUUAAGGUAAAUAUCUAGAUGUUAAAGUUUAAUAUUUUUAUUCUUUAACAUAGGGACAGCUAUCUAGAUAUUAAAAGUAAAUAUCUGGAUGUUAAGCGUUAAUAUCUAGCAUGUGAUUUGAAUAUCUAGAUAUUAAAAUUUAAUAUUUUUGAUGUUAAGAGUUAAUAUAUUUUUUCAAUAUCCAGUUUUCUCCGUGCACUUUGACGAUUCUAUUUAGUUAUUUGUAUCAUUAAAGUAUGCCGUGUAUACUUAAAUAUUUUUUUUUAUAUGCAACUCUUUUGUUUGCCUGCGGUAUCAGAAAAUAUAUUUUCACCUAUAUCGCGCAAGCAGCAAUCCGAAUAAAAGAAAAAAAUAUUUUUCUUUAUUAAGGAGGUUUAUCGCUUGACGCAGCUUGUCAAAACAGGUGCCCAUUGACAAUUGUUUUCACAGAUAUGUAAUUAUUGCAUAUCGGUUUUGUAUUUAAAAAAUUUAGAUCAAUAUCUGUUCAUUUAAUACUUUGCAGUAUAUGUAAAUAUAUAUGUCAAACUACUCAAUUCCCAUAGGACUCAAUUUUAAAUGUUGAAAAUCAAAAAGGUUUAUAACUUUUUUAUAGGUACCUAGAGGUGUCAAAAAUUUAACUACAUCUUUAUAUUAACUUUAUCUAGCUGCACAUCAAGUUUUAUCACAUCUGUUCAUUAAUUCAAUUAUCGAUAGAACCUCCUUAAUCUUUUACGUUACAAUGGUAACCGCUGCCUGCUCUCAGAAAUGUGAACCUACACUUACUAAUCGUGUAAUACUUAUUUUGAUAUCCUUCUAAUAUGAGACUACUUUUUUCUGGUUGUAUAUUAUCCACAGUGCAGAAUUUAAUGUAUAUAAUAAUUUUGAAAUUUAACAAUAACAAUAUAAAGAAAACAACGAGAACUUGUUUAUACUUCUAAAAGUACUUAUUAUUACUUUUCAUCUGACUACUGAUAAUAUGUAUAAUACAUUGAAAUUGUUGUUAAUUACCGCAGUGCAAAAUUAUCAAGAUAAUAAAUAAAGCGAUAUUUAAUAAUAAA